AACUAACAGUUACUCCUUCCACCUACGAUUCGAAGUUCUUUUUCCAGACCAAAGUCUUCUCGCUCUCAUUCUUUGGUUACUUAGGAUCUGAGAAGCUUCAUCUCCAAAUUUUACACAGUUCUUUGAGCCAAUUCAGCAAGUUUCAUGGGUUUGUCGUCUAUUGGCACUGCUAGUGAAGGCAUGCAACUCUGUAUAUUUGAUUUGAGAAGAGGCCAACACGAAGGCCAAGAACUUGACAAAAUUUUAGUCUUCUUUCCUGCUGAUUUACCCUUUUCAAAUCAACUCUCCGUGAUUGGGCUCAGCGAAGGGCUCAUUACAUUCACGCGAAUUUUCUCUCCGGAGGCUGCUUGCGAGGUCAUAGAAGCAGAGAAGCACUCUCAUGUCUUUUACGAGGCAGAGCCAGAUAUCUGGAUGGUUAUGAUAGUGGAGAAAAGUAAGGAGGACGAAGCCAUAUGGAGGAUUGAUGCAUUAAGAGAGGUUCUUAAGGAAAUUCACUCACUUUUCAUGAUGUUUCAUGGAUCUAUUAGAGCAUUGCUUGAAAAAGAGCCCGGUGGAGGACUAACUCGUGCACUAUUAUACCCUUUCAUCAUGGAUUAUCUAAGAGCAUGUCAAAAGCGGUCUCUCUGGGAUAAGUGCUGCUGGGAUUUUCUGGUUGGGAAGAAACUCCAGUUGCCAUCAUUCCGUGACUGCUUAAAGGAACGAAGGACUGUACAGAUGCUAACUGUAGGUCGAGAGGCUGCAAUUGAAGUUCAGACACUUGUCAGAAUAUUAGAAUCUUCUGCUGGCAAUAUGCCAUGCUUCUCGCUCAUUUUAUUUCAAGACCUGCUUGUGUCCACAACACUUUCUCCGGAGGAUACCAUAAACAUGUUCACAUAUGCGGUUUUAAGGCUUACCCCGCUUGCUCUAUCCUCUGGAGCAAAGUCAUGGUCCUAUUUACGGAAAGGAAAUUCUUCAUCACAUGUUUCUACUGGUUCUGCUUCAGAACAAUUUUAUGGUUCACACGAUGCUUCUCAUGCUGGAAAUGAUAGAUAUCGUGUUACAAGGCCCUUGCAGCAUGACAAGUGGUUCAAAGGGAAAGACGGUUUUCUUGUCACUGAUAUUUGGGGUGGGGACAUCGGUAGCUUGAAUGUAACUACUCCAACAGUUUGGCUACGGCAGACAGAGGAGAGGAUGUAUCUCUGUGCUUAUCAGUACAAAAGCCUUACGUUAAUCCUUCUGAUCCCUCUCUCUUCUAUCCUUAAUGGGGACCAAGGUGUUUCAAUUGUGAAACAACAACUUCUUGAAAAUGCCUCACUGAAGAUUUUGAAAGUUGAAGAAAAGUUGUCUAAGGGAUGGGGUGGAGAGAAUGCUUAUCAUGUCAGUGGUUAUCGUUACUUGUUAGUGGAUGGUAGCAGAGACAUAUCCAGGGCUUCACCCCCAGCUAAGGUUACAACGUUAGCAAAGGAAUCUUUACUUGCCUUAAAUAGGCUUAGAGAAGAAGUAGAUGCUGAAAAGAGUCGAGCAAAAUGGGAAAAUCCAGGUCACGAAAAAGAUUUGGAAGUGUGCAUUAGAGCGAAAAAUAAUGCCUGGGCCAUUGCCCGCAUUACCGGCGGAAAGGAGCUUUAUAUGGUUCUGGAGAAAGCUAAUGAAACUCUCCUCUAUGCAUCUGAUGCUGUUGAGAAAUUCAGUAACAGAUAUUGCAGUGGAGCAUUUUCUUUGGACUAGUUAAGAAAAAUUGCAGUGGAAUCCAUAUCUUAUUAGUAUAGCAAUAAUGAAGUAUUUUUGUGCUCAGACAAAACACUAGCUCGGAUGAGACCCUAUCAGGUGUUACAAGGUUCCUCUCAGUUUCACUACUGAACUUUGUGUGGCAUAAAAUACAAAAAGAAAUAAAACUUAUCUUCCAUCAGCUGUAUGCAAAAAUGCAAUUUGUGAUUUGAUGCGUGUAACGAUGUCUGUUGAUUUAUUUAUUUUGCUCCAGUGCCUUCAUUUGUGUUC